GGCACUGAAAUAGCCUGGCUCUCCAAGGAAUAUGGCAACGUUGGCAUCGUCAGUCAAGUAAAGACUGCUACCGGUGACCUAAUAAAGAAGCACAUUUUGUUAUAGUAACUACAAAGCUGGGGCAGCACGAUAGUGUACUGUAGCUACUAAACACGUGACUAGCUAACAAACGGUUGCAAAACAAAAGCGUAUGUUCUUUACAUACUUCAUGGGUAAAAAAAACAGUUACUAUUCUUUAUAGGCUACUUUCUUUAACAACAGUGUGGACAUAUUUUUCUGAAAGAACAGUGGGCUGGGUUGGACCAACUGGGUCCACGAUGUAUAAUUACUAAGAUAGCUAGCAGUUAUUUCUGACACCCGAGCCCACGCUGAAAUUAGAGGUUAGUUAGCUAAGCAAGUUAGCUCUAGCUAACUUUAGCUAGCAACUGCCCCUUCAUUCAAAAUCCAAUGAUUUAACAAAAUGCCUGAAAUAUGCGGGUGAUCUUCUCGACCUGCAUGUCCUCCUGUUUAAAAGUCAGACUUUUGCUGCCGCGGUAGAGGAUAUAUGUAUCCAUAUUACUAUUUUUUAUAAAGGUAGCUAGCCUAACUUUUUUGUUGCACGUUGACGAUGGUGAUGGUGAGUUCUUGCCAGUGUUGCGCGGUCAUAUUUGUCAUGUGUUGGAGUUCUAACUAUAAUCAGAGAAUAAUGUUGAGGGGGCACGUUCGGUAACUUCAUACACUGUUUUAUUUUUCAGUACACAUAUACAUUAAAUUAAUCCAAUAGUAGGCUACCUUAAUUAUUAUAAUUUUUUUUCAAUGUUUAAAAGAUUUAAUUAAAAACCUAUUGAGCGGGAGAACCAUGGUUUUAGCAGACCCUGUGUCAGUACAGCGUUUCUACUGAAUGUUUAAGAAUCAGAUUUUGGGCUGGAAAUCGGAUCUUAGAUCUGCAGCUAUAAAACAAUAAUAAUAAUUAACACAUUAAGUUAGCUUUGAACAGGCGACCGGUUACAUAGACUACAUACAGGAAGUUCAUGUGACACUAGACUCAACGUACCAGGCUCUGAACGUACCUCAAGUAGGCCUACCUAUGAACCAUAGAUAACGGCAAAAUAUUGAAGCCUGCAAUAUGAAUUCACCAACACUUGAACCCUUCCGCGAGGUUAUUAAAGAAAUGAAGAUGCAAGGGAAGACAUACAAAGAAAUGUCGACAUUCCUGACUUCCACUGGUGUCCAAAGAGGUUGUUCUAUAGACAACAUAAAGCGGUUUUGUGCUGACAAUAACUUUUUAAAAAGUGUUGUGUCGUUCACUCAUUUGGAAUUGGCCAAAGGUAUACAGGAGGUGGGUACACAAGAAGUAUGUUUCUCUGUGUCAUGAACCACAGAACUAAAUGUAUAUAUUAAAUAUUCGUGGAAGUUUUUAAUGAUGGACACACUACCUGGUGCUUACAGACCCUAAAAGUAAUUUGUUUCAAUACAUUUAUGCAAAAUGUAUGUGUGUGUAUAUGACACAUGUGAAAAUAUGAACUUAUAUGUAAAUAUGUUUAGGAAUAUGUAUAUUGAAAUAAAACUUUAUAUAUGUUUAGAUUUUAUAUUGAAUGUGAAGUAAAUAUUCAUAUCACCACUAUAUGAAAAAGGUCACAUAAAGAAAGCUUCUGUUAAAGUUUGUCUAAUGUCUAUUGGUGUGUUUGUCACUAUGUCACAACAGACCGGACCCACGUUUGGACGUAAAAUGAUGACUGGGUACCUGACCACCAAGGGUAUUCAUGCGUCUGAGGGUCGAGUUGGGGCUGCGCUAAGAUCAGUCCAGCAACCAAACCACGAAGCACGCUGUCAUGGGGCACGGAACUUAAACCCAUUACCCUACCAUGCUGAAUACAUGGGUCACAAGCUUCACAUGGACCAGAAUGAAAAGUUGGUGAUGUUUGGGGCCACACAUGUCUUGGCCAUUGAUGGCUUGACUUCUAAGAUUGUUGGUCAUUCAACCAUGCCUGUGAAAAAUAACCUCAUAAUUUCUGAGAAUGUUUACAGACCAGCGGUUUUGGAAUAUGGAAUGUGGGAUCAAGUAAGGGUAGACCACGGGAAAGAGUUUUACCUGACUCUAUUUAUCCAACAACAACUGUCAGGUUACAGAAACAACCUGGACAGAGCACCUUACCUACAAACCAAAUCAACAAGGAAUCACAGAAUUGAGCGGAUUUGGCCUGAAAUGAACAACAGGGUCAACUACCCAAUAAAGACAGCUUUAGUCAAUCUACUUGACCAAGAGCGGAUCAACAUGGAAGACAGUACUGUGAGGUUCUGUGUUUCUAAUCUGACAUGUCAGAUUGCCAGCAUUGGGAUCAACAGAGUUGUGGACUCAUGAAAUGCCCAUAGAAUUCCAGGCAGAGGAGUUCCAAACAUAUUGGCACAACUGUGUCAAGAAGGUCACAGAGGAUCUCCUACCCUGUGCCUCAGCAGCAGCGGAUCUUUAUGAGGCAGACACCAGAUCGUCAUUGACCAGAUCCUCAACAUUUGGCAUCUACCCAUUUGGAAAUGCAGAAGAGCAAGCCCAAGUGGAGAGACACUUUGAAGAACAGUUUCCAGACAUGAGUCAUUUAUGACAAUGUAAUAAACAAUACAUAUACGCCCUUCCAGGAUGCUCUUAUGCAUCUGAUCCAUCUUACUCAACUGUAAACCUAUGAAAAGAUAACUUCCUCUUUCCCAGAGACAAACAACUGCAUGGAUACACACACACAAACGCGUUAACACCCUUAACAUCUGUUGUUGCCUUAUUAAGUGUUGACAUAUACAGUUUGUAUAUAAAAAAAGUUCCAAGUUCAACGCCAUGUUGCCCUUUUGCAUUUGUCUGUAAUAAAAUUGAUUUGAAACCUGAAAUGACCCUUCUUCAGAAAUGAUAUUUUUUAUAAAGUUUAAGUGCAUGAAUGUUUGUUUGGAUUUCAGAGUUCUUAAAUGAAUGUAGUAUAACUAGCACAUGUAUCUGGAUAUAUUUAAGAUACAGUAUUUCAUGCAGAAAGAGAAG